AUGGCCCCUUCCAGGAGACCAGUGUGGGCAGGCUACCUGGGGCUGCAGAGCCCGGUGGCCGGAGGGGAGGCAGAUCUGGGGCCUUUGGGGACCACUGCUCUAAAGCUCAGGGCUGGAAGUUGUGGCCAGAGGCACAGAGGCUGUUUCAGGUUCUGUAACCAGUGGUCCCCGGGCUUACCGGUCCGAGGCCGAAAUCUUUUGGAGGCUGCCCUCUCUCCGCGCGUCGUGUGUUCCGUUGCCCCAGGGCACGAACUGAGCCCGCGCCCUCUUCCCUGCAGAAUUUCCUACGACCCUGCCAGGUACCCCAAGUACCUGCCCGAGGCCUACUGCCUGUGCAGGGGCUGCCUGACCGGGCUCUUCGGGGAGGAGGACCUACGUUUCCGGAGCGCCCCGGUGUACAUGCCCACCGUCAUCCUGCGGCGGACCUCGGCCUGCGCGGGCGGCCGCUGGGUGUACACCGAGGAGUACGUCACCGUGCCCGUGGGCUGCACCUGCGUCCCCGAGCAGGAGAAGGAGGCCGACGCCGUCAACUCCAGCAUGGACAAGCAGGGCGCCAGGCUAAUGCUCGGCCCCGGCGACAAGCCGGGCCGGCCCUGAGGCCCUUGCUGCCCGAGGCCCGCGUCCCCGGAGCCGCCUCCUAGGCGAGCAAGCGAGGACGCAGCGAGCAAACGGGACGCGCCUGCGCGGGACGGGCCCUCGGCCCAGCCGGCCGCCCUCCCACCCCCGCUUUCCUUCCGGGCGGAAGCAGCGGGGCGGCCAAGGCAGGCUGCCGGAAGUCACCCCGGGGACGCGACGUCAGGCCGGCGGCGGCGUGCGGCCGGGACCUGCCCAAGGUGGCUGGAGGCCGGGAGGGGAAAACGUGCGUCGGCGGCCCUCGGGCUCCGGGCCUUCCCCAGGGGGAGGGGUGACCCUGCGGAGCCAGGUGGUAGGUGGUGCUUCCGAAAGGCAAUUGCUUUAAAAAGGUGGGAUAAGUACCUUUUUAUUCCACUGCUUUCAACGGAGGAAAAGCUAUUUUUAUAGGAGUUUUGAGCAAUUAUAUUAAGAACUUUUUACGUCACGUGUAUUUUCUAACCAUUUCGUUUUCACUUGCUCUGGCAAGAUUUUUUCAGAAGCACGAUGGGAAUCUUCAGAUAAACUUUUUAGAUGGCGCGGUGGCCGUCCCCGGAUUCGGCCAGGCCCCAGUCGCUGACCACAACGGAACGGACGGGGCUAAAUGUGACCCGUUUCCGCUGAAGGUCCCCGCAGGCUGCCGCGCGGAGGACAGGGAAGCCCCGGGGCUCCGCUCGCCGCCCCCAGGCCAGGGGUUCCAGGGAUCUCAGACUUGGUUCAGGAGCAGAUUCAUACAGCUGAACAUUUGUUUUCGCUUUGAAAGUAAGUGGGGCCAAGUAAGAGGUGGAGGGAUGAGGCAAGAGGUAGAAUGUGGUGUCUCUGCCACGUGUCAAGAAUCCAAGUCUCAGUUUCAGGGCCUCAGGAACUAGCCGAAUGGGAGAAGCGGGCCAACUUACGAUUCCCGGAAGUCCGUAUUGGGGGCCUCUUUUUCCCACCCUGCGAUGUGAGCUAAAUCCAUAGUCUCUUCUGUAGGUUGAACACCAUUAUUUGUAAAAGCGAGAAUUUCUUUUGAAAUCAUUAAAGCAACGGUGGAUGAAGG